UUCUACCUUCUUAAUCUCAAAUUAUUUCCAUUUCACUCUCUGCUGCUCUUCCUUCUCUUCUCCUUUUUUUCGCUUUCGUCUGCGCAAAACCCUGUUUCUCGAUUUUUAGUUUUGAUCAUUCGUCAGUCAAAGCAAUCCAAUUCCUGCACCGGACAAAUGGCUGGGUGCAGGAUUUUGAUAAAGAAGAAGAAACCAGAUUGGCUUACUACACUACUGCGCACCAAUUUCUUUGACUCGUGUAUUGAUCACCAGGACCUGAGAAAAAAUGAAAAGAAUGUUUUCUGCAUCGACUGCAAUAUCGGACUUUGCCGUCACUGUUUGACGGCUCACUGCCUCCACCAGCGCCUUCAGAUCUGCAAAUAUGUUUAUCAAGAUGUUGUUCGCAUUCAAGAUAUGCAGAAGUACCUUGAUUGCUCUAAAAUUCAGACAUAUAAAAUCAAUGGUGAAAAAGCAGUGCAUUUGAAUCCACGGCCUCAGUUUAAAGAUUCAAAGCCAUCAACCAAAUCCAAGACUGGUGGUUCCUGUGAAGCAUGUAGAAGAUACAUACAAGACCUGCCUAAUCGCUUCUGCUCCAUUGCAUGCAAGGUGUCAGUUUUGCCAGUGAAGCCUAUAGAUGAAAGCAAGAAGAUGAUAUUUUCAAUAAAGGAGCUUCCUGAUGUUUCCUGGAAAGAAAACUACAACCACCCAGAAGCUAGUACAGAGGAAAAGGUAUCUUCACUAUCUACAAUAGAUUUCUCUGAUGAAUCUGAUCAAGCCUGGAUGAGCUCUGUUUUGAAACCCAGAAGGCAAAUACACAAGAGAAAAGGCAUUCCUCGUAGGUCUCCUCUCUGUUAAAUGCCAAAACACCAACUAAAGUUCCUUUCUCUUUCUCAAAAUUUUUUGGGUACAUCUUCUUACAAUUUGGAUUAUAUUAAGUUUAUUCAGGGAAAAAUACAAUAAUCACCAAAAAAAUCGACAAUAAUCUAUAAAUUGAAAAAAUUGAUUGAUGAAGAAAAAGUCUAGUCCUCAAUAGCCUCUGGUUUUGGUCUUUUAUAUAAUAUAUGGGUUAGUUGAGGAUAAACCCCACAAAUGUUUUGAGAGAAAAUAAUAUCAGGUGGAGGUUGUACAGCAAGAAAGAGAUGGCGAGUGUAUGGUGAUAUCGAAAACUUUUUGUAUGUAUCUUUAUUAUGAUUUUUUUAUAUAUAUAUAAAUUUUAUUGUGGGUUUUUUCCCUUUCGGUG